AUGUCUGAAUCUCUCCGCAUUCUUCUUGUCGGCAACGGCGGCCGCGAACAUGCCAUCGCCUGGAAACUUCUACAAUCGCCUUCGAUCGAGCACAUUUACGUCUGCCCCGGUAACGGCGGGACUGCAACCCUGAACAGCAAAGUCACCAACGUAACACAAGUAAAGGACACCGACUUCACUGGUCUCGUCAACUUCGCGAAAGAGAAGAACAUCAACCUGUUAAUACCCGGACCUGAAGCACCACUGGUAGCAGGUAUCGUCGACUACUUCCAAGAAAAUGGUCUCAAGAGCAUCAAAGCAUUCGGACCAAGCAAGGCUGCUGCGCGAAUGGAGGGCAGCAAGACAUUCAGCAAAGAUUUCAUGAAGCGCCACAACAUCUCCACAGCCGCGUACGAGAACUUCAGCAAAUACGAUGACGCAAAAGCGUACCUCGACUCCAUCUCACACAACGUUGUCAUCAAGGCAUCAGGUCUGGCAGCAGGCAAGGGUGUAAUCAUACCACAGAGCAAAGAGGAGGCACAUGCAGCACUCAAAGACAUCAUGUUAACACGAGAAUUUGGAACUGCAGGUGACGAGGUUGUCAUUGAGGAGUUCUUGGAGGGAGACGAGUUGUCGAUCCUCACAUUCAGUGAUGGCCGCACGAUCAAAUCCCUACCACCAGCACAAGACCACAAGCGUAUCUUCGACAACGACGAGGGACCAAACACAGGAGGAAUGGGAACAUAUGCACCGACACGCAUUGCGCCGAAAGACGUCCUCGAGCGUGUAGACAAGGACAUCCUCCAACCCACUGUUGAUGGCAUGCGAUCCGAAGGCUUCGAGUUCAAGGGCGUACUAUUUACCGGACUCAUGAUGACAAAGAAUGGACCCAAGGUGUUGGAAUACAAUGUUCGCUUUGGAGACCCAGAGACACAGAGCUUGCUGGCGCUCAUGGAAGGCGAUCUCGCCGAAGUCAUGGCCGCAUGUGCGGACGGACGGUUGAAGGACGUGGAUGUCAAGGUCUCGAGCAAGAGCGCGGCGACAGUGGUAGUAGCUGCUGGUGGAUACCCCGGCAGCUAUGCCAAGGGCACAGUCAUGAAGUUGGAUACUGUACCAGAAGAUGUCGUUCUCUUCCACGCCGGAACCUCUUUCUCGGACAACACACUCAAGACCGCUGGUGGUCGCGUCAUCGCUUCGACAGCUACUGCACCUACUCUGGAGGAAGCUGUUGCGAAGGCUUACAAGGGCGUCGAGUGCAUACACUUCGAGGGCAUGCAGUACCGCAAAGACAUUGCGGGACGGGCAUUGAAGAAGUAG